UUCCACUACUCUGGUCACGCUAAUGUUGUUCAUGACACACGUGUAGAGCAGGGGGACAUACUGAACUGAGUGGGAGAGUGUGUCGGAAUCUGGACAUUUUUCGACGGAGCUUCAAAAAGCCAUCAGACGACAGCUAGACGUUUAGUUCUGGGAGAAGGAGAACGUUUCAGCGGUCGGGGGAAAAGAACGGGUGUCGUAUUUCGCUCGUCCUACACCAGCACAGCACAGCCAGCCAGUCAACAGUCAACAGCCAACAGCCAGCCAGGCAGAAAUGCUGUUAGCUGGGUCAUGUGCUGAAAGCCUGGAUUAGGAGCAGGACACAGCCUGCCAGAUCCAACUUAGGAAACACACACGGGCGCAAAGUAGGAUGAGGGAAGGGUGUAGAUGGGACUGUCUCAGCUCUGAGCCAUGGAAUGCCCACUCCAUCCGCCACUAGCCUGCUCUUCUCCACAGACUGACCUCCAGACACUCAGUUAGCGACACGUUGCUCCCCUCCAUCUGAACACAACCAGGAAGGGGAAGAAGUCACAGCAGAGCUUCGUACGCACAGAGGAAAGGAUUUACAGCUCCUCUCCAACAUAUUAACAGCUAGCUCACCUUAGCUAGUUAGGCUUCGUUUUCCCUUGUUUUCUCUGUGGAUUUGGGAUUUUUUUAGAUUUUUAUAGAGAGUCAAGAUGGUGGAUUUACAGGAGUACCUGUGGAUGGUGAUCCUGGGCUUCGUCAUAGCCUUCAUUCUUGCCUUCUCUGUUGGGGCCAACGACGUGGCCAACUCGUUUGGGACGGCGGUGGGGUCGGGGGUGGUGACUCUGAGACAGGCCUGUGUCCUGGCGUCCAUCUUUGAGACGUUGGGUUCCAUGCUGCUUGGCGCCAAGGUGGGGGAGACCAUACGGAAGGGCAUCAUAGACGUCAACCUCUACAACGAGACGGUGCCUGUUCUCAUGGCGGGGGAGGUCAGCGCCAUGGUCGGGUCAGCGAUUUGGCAGCUCAUCGCCUCUUUUCUCAAACUACCCAUCUCCGGGACGCAUUGCAUCGUUGGAUCGACCAUCGGGUUCUCCAUGGUGGCCAUCGGCACCAAGGGUGUCCAGUGGAUGCAGCUGGUCAAGAUUGUUGCGUCCUGGUUCAUCUCUCCCUUGCUGUCUGGACUGAUGUCGGGGUUCCUCUUCUUCCUCAUCAGACACUUCAUCCUCAGUAAGGAUGACCCUGUCCCCAACGGUCUCCGUGCCCUGCCAGUGUUUUACGCCUCAACGAUCGGCAUCAACGCCUUCUCCAUCCUCUACACUGGCGCUCCAUUGCUAGGUCUGGAGAUGUUACCGGUGUGGGCUAUAGCUCUGAUCACGCUGGCGGGGGCUCUGGUCUGUGCUGCCGUGGUCUGGUUCGCUGUCUGCCCCUGGAUGAGACGGAAGAUAACAAGUCGCAUGAAGAAGGAGCACGCUGCCUUGUCACGUAUCUCAGACGAGUCCUUAGAUCAGAUCCCAGAGGAGGAGGAGGACACUCCCGUGUUCAAGGAGCUACCGGGCGCCAAGAUGACUGAUGACGCUGUGCUGCCGUUAACGGGUGGCACCGGAGGAGAGUCACGGAGAGGAGAGGCCACCGGGGAGCUCAACAGCCUGGCCAAUGGAGGCACUGUCCUGCCCAACGGACGGGUCUACGGGCGGACCCACUCCAUGACCAACGGUACCCUGUCCAUGUCCAAGUCCCCACUGUCCAACGGCAGCUUCACCUUCGGUGGGGAACACAUCCGCAGCGACGGCCAGGUGUACCACACGGUUCACAAGGACUCUGGUCUCUACAAAGACCUGCUCCACAAGAUCCACCUGGGACGACUGGAGGACGACCACUCCGCCCCCACGCCAGACAACAACUACCGCCUGCUGCGUCGCAACAACAGUUACACCUGCUACACGGCCGCCAUCUGUGGCAUGCCGGUCCAGCCGCUGAUCCGCUCCGAGUCCCGAGAGGCCCGAGAGGACAGCGAGAAGCUGGUGGGGGAGGGGGAGAGGUCGGGAAGCGUGUCCUACACCAAGAAGAGGGUCCGUUACGAUAGUUACUCGUCGUACUGUAACGCCGUGGCGGAGGCCGAGAUCGAGGCGGAGGAGGGCGGCGUGGAGAUGAAGCUGGCGUCUGACCUGGGGGGCGAGGAGGCAGGGGCGCCCGGGGCUCCCAUCCCACUAGAUGACUCCGCAGAAGAGGAUGAAGGGGAUAAGGACAAGCCGACCGUCUACCUGCUCUUCCACUUCCUGCAGAUCCUCACCGCAUGCUUUGGAUCCUUCGCUCACGGAGGCAACGACGUCAGUAACGCCAUCGGCCCGUUGGUGGCGCUGUGGAUGAUCUAUGACCAAGGCGGGGUGAUGCAGGACGCCGCCACCCCCAUCUGGUUGCUGUUCUACGGGGGAGUUGGCAUCUGCUGCGGCCUCUGGGUUUGGGGGCGCCGGGUGAUCCAGACCAUGGGCAAGGACCUUACCCCCAUCACACCUUCCAGUGGAUUCACUAUAGAGCUGGCUUCAGCGCUCACUGUUGUGUUUGCUUCCAAUAUCGGAAUCCCAGUCAGUACCACACACUGCAAGGUGGGCUCGGUGGUAGCGGUUGGCUGGAUUCGCUCCAAGAAGGCGGUUGAUUGGCGGUUGUUCCGUAACAUCUUCCUGGCGUGGUUCGUCACGGUGCCGGUGGCGGGGCUGUUCAGCGCUGCGGUCAUGGCCCUGUUCGUCUACGGCAUCCUCCCUUACGUCUGAGGAAGCGAGGAGAGAGGGAGAAAAGACGAGAUGGAGGGAGAGGGGAUGGUAAAGAAAGAGGAGAUGCAACGAAUGAGGCUAGUAGGAGAAAAGAGAUGGAUGGAGUGGUUAAUUAAACUGUCUAGAGGGGAGAAGGAAAGAGUUAGAUCACACGCUGCCUGGGUUCUGGUCCUGAAGAGGGUUAGAUCACACGCUGCCUGGGUUCUGGUCCUGAAGAGGGUUAGAUCACACGCUGCCUGGGUUCUGGUCCUAAAGAGGGUUAGAUCACACGCUGCCUGGGUUCUGGUCCUAAAGAGGGUUAGAUCACACGCUGCCUGGGUUCUGGUCCUAAAGAGGGUUUAGAUCACACGCUGCCUGGGUUCUGGUCCUGAAGAGGGUUUAGAUCACACGCUGCCUGGGUUCUGGUCCUAAAGAGGGUUAGAUCACACGCUGCCUGGGUUCUGGUCCUGAAGAGGGUUUAGAUCACACGCUGCCUGGGUUCUGGUCCUAAAGAGGGUUAGAUCACACGCUGCCUGGGUUCUGGUCCUGAAGAGGGUUAGAUCACACGCUGCCUGGGUUCUGGUCUUGAAGAGGGUUAGAUCACACGCUGCCUGGGUUCUGGUCUUGAAGAGGGUUAGAUCACACGCUGCCUGGGUUCUGGUCCUGAAGAGGGGUUAGAUCACACGCUGCCUGGGUUCUGGUCCUGAAGAGGGGUUAGAUCACACGCUGCCUGGGUUCUGGUCCUAAAGAGGGUUAGAUCACACGCUGCCUGGGUUCUGGUCCUAAAGAGGGUUAGAUCACACGCUGCCUGGGUUCUGGUCCUAAAGAGGGUUAGAUCACACGCUGCCUGGGUUCUGGUCCUAAAGAGGGUUAGAUCACACGCUGCCUGGGUUCUGGUCCUAAAGAGGGUUAGAUCACAUGGGUUCUGGCCAAGAGACUUGUUGACUUCUAUGCUGAAGGAAUCUUGUUUUAUUUUUUUGCAUUAAAAAAACUAAUAUGUUGAAUCUUAUAAAACAACCUGCUGUACAGAUGCAUAUUAUGGACAGACGUGUUACGGACAGAUAUACGUUAGCACACUAGGAUUCAACUGUUUUACAGGCAAUAAUAUGAAAAGACAAAAUGCAGUCAGGACAAUGUUUCGGUCCUCACUAGUUAACACAGUUAAAAUUAUAUUUUAUCUUUAUAUAUAUAUAUAUAUAUAUACAUAUCUUUCAUUGCGUUAAUAGCGGCUGCCUGCAGUAGGAGACAACGGUGUAGUCGGUUCAGUAGCUAUCCUUAAUGCCCAAAAUAUAUAUAUAUAUUUUUUUUUUUACAUAUUGUAAUAUUGGAUUACAAUAUGCUUUAGUUUUUAAACAAAAGAUGUGUGUUGUUCAACCAAACCACUCUGUCACUUCAUAGCCUACCUUUACCUUUACCUUUACUGCCCUUACAUGCUAAACAGGAAGGUAGGUCUUGUUGCCACGGCGACCAUAAAACCCUCCCAGGGUGCUGGGAUUGCAAAACAAAAAUUAUUCCAAAUGUACAGUACCAGUCAAAAGUUUGGACACACCUACUAAUUCAAGGUUUUUUACUAUUUUCUACAUUGUAGAAUAAUAGUGGAGACAUCAAAACUAUGAAAUAACACAUAUGGAGUCAUGUAGUAACCAGAAAAGUGUUACAAAUCAAAGUGUAUUUGAGAUUCUUCAAAGUUGCCACCCUUUGCCUAGAUGACAGCAUUGCACACUCUUGGCAUUCUCUCAACCAGCUUCACCUGGAAUGCUUUUCCAACAGUCUUGAAUGAGUUCCCACAUAUGCUGAGUACUUUCUUCACUCUGCAGUCCAACUCAUCCCAAACCAUCUCAAUUGGGUUGAGGUUGGGUGAUUUUAGUAAAAUAGCCCUUGCACAGCCUGGAGGUGUGUUGGAUCAUUGUCCUGUUGAAAAACACAUGAUAGUCCCACGAAGCCCAAGCCAGAUGGGAUGGUGUAUCUCUGCAGAAUGCUGUGGUAGCCAUGCCGGUUAAAUGUGCCUUGAAUUCAAAAUAAAUCACAGACAGUGUCACCAGCAAAGCACCAUUACACCUCCUUCUCCUCCAUGCUUCACGGUGGGAACCACACAUGCUAUAAUAAUAAUAAUAAUAUAUGCCAUUUAGCAGACGCUUUUAUCCAAAGCGACUUACAGUCAUGUGUGCAUACAUUCUACGUAUGGGUGGUCCCGGGAAUCGAACCCACUACCCUGGCGUUACAAGCGCCAUGCUCUACCAACUGAGCUACAGAAGGACCAGAAGGACCUGUAAUCAUCCGUUCACCUACUCUGCUUCUCACAAAGACACGGUGGUUGGAACCAAAAAUCUCACAUUUGGACUCAUCAGACCAAAGGACAGAUUUCCACCAGUCUAAUGUCCAUUGCUCACGUUUCGAAGCCCAAACAAGCCUCUCCUUAUUGGUGUCCUUUAGUAGUGGUUUCUUUGCAGCAAUUUGACCAUGAAGGCCUGAUUCACACACUCUUCUGAACAGUUGAUGUUGAGAUGUGUCUGUUACUUUAACUCUGUGAAGCAUUUAUUUGGGCUGCAAUUUCUGAGGCUGGUAACUCUAAUGAACUUAUCCUCUGCAGCAGAUGUAACUCUGGGUCUUCCAUUCCUGUGGCAGUUUCAUCAUAGCGAUUGAUGGUUUUUGUGACUGCACUUGAAGAAACUUUAAAAGUUCUUGAACAUUUUCCGGAUUGACUGACCUUCAUGUCUUAAAGUAAUGAUGGACUGUCGUUUCUGUUUGCAUAUUUGAGCUGUUCUUGCCAUAAUAUGGACUUUUACCAAAUAGGUUUAUCUUCUGUAUACCACCCCUACCUUGUCACAACACAACUGAUUGGCUCAAACACAUUAAGAAGGAAAUCUAUUUCAAAAAUUUUCUUUUAACAAGGCACACCAGUUAAUUGAAAUGCAUUCCAGGUGACUACCUCAUGAAGCUGGUUGAGAGAAUACCAAGCAAAGGUGUCAUCAAGGCAAAGGGUGGCUACUUUGAAGAAUCUCAAAUAUAAAAUAUAUUUUGAUUUGUUUAACACUUUUCUGGUUACUACAUGAUUCCAUAUGUGUUAUUUCAUAGUUUUGAUGUCUUCACUAUUAUUCUACAAUGUAGGAAAUAGUCAAAAUAAAGAAAAACCCUUGAAUGAGGAGGUGUAUCCAAACUUUUUGACUGGUACUGUGUACAGUAUAUAUUUUUUGUUGUAUUUUAUUAGGAUCCCUACAAGCUAUUGCUGAAGCAUCAGCUUUUCUUCCUGGGCUCCACAUGAAACAUGACAUCAUACAGAACAUUCAUUGACAAGAACAGACGUUACCAUAGAAACCAGUUACCAGAAGAUGGCCCAAUUGAACUGCGUUCUGUGUGUUUGUUUUAAAGAUGGAUACCCAGUUUAAAUUUUUUUUUAUUUUUUUUUUAUGUGUUCUAUAUUGUCAUUUGUACUGUAAACUAUCAUGGGGUUUUGCGUAUUUUAGAUUUGUAUUUAGUCUUUUAUGAAUACUUUUUGUUUUCACUCUGGGUGAGGUAUAGAAUACACCUGUUAUUCUGUCUGACCGUUUCAUUUAUUAUUUCACAUUUUAACUGAGCACAUGGGGGGGGGUGCUUUCUCAUUUUGUUAAUUUCAGAAUAAUAUUUUACCAAAGAUCCUGAGGAAUCCCUUUUUUUAAAUCAGUUUCUGAACCAUCACUUAAAAAAACAAAAACGAUUUGACUAUUUGCAGCAGUUUAACAAAAAAACGGUUUCCUUCCUGUAGUGAAUUGGAUAUUCGCUUGUGUUCCAAGUACAGUAUUAGAGGUGUGUGUGUGUGUGUGUGUGUGUGUGUGUGUGUGUGUGUGUGUGUGUGUGUGUGUGUGUGUGUGUGUGUGUGUGUGUGUGUGUGUGUGUGUGUGGUAGGACAGCUCAACAGGGUGCGUUACACCAUGCCAAAGUAAGCUGCUGUACUUGCUGUCAUAGCAACAUGCCAAUAUCAUACAGACAUGUCAAAGAGUAGCAGCAGCUAAAAUACUGACACACACACACACACACACACACCACCCAGCAGUAUGUUCAGGCCCACUGGUGCGGUCUGUUGUAUAU